AUGUGCUGGGAGGGGUGGGAUGGGGCUGCAGCUCAGCUGCAGAUCCCUCAGCUCCCCACGGACUCAGACUGUUCUCUCCUCCCCAGGACACUCAAAGGGAAGUUGGCAAAGCAGUACCCAGAGGCUUUCAGCAACAUCCACGAAUCCCCCAUCCUGGAGGACGACGACGACUUCGACCCCGUCCCCAAGAGCACCACGACCACCAUCGCUACCUCUGAGCAGAGCACCGAGUCCUGUGACACCAGUCCCGAUGUCAUCUCCCCCACCACCAGCCAGGAUUUCGAGGAUUUAUCCCAGGGCCAGUACGAGGGCCCGGCCAUGAACGGACAGAGUCUCACAGACGAGGACACGGCCAACGGCCUGGACUAGGAGCCACGUCCUGGAGAACUUUCUAUCCUGUAUUUAUAUUUGUCUGUCGCUUUUUUUUUUUUUUUUUUUU